AUGUCUACAACAGCUGCCACAUCAGCCCCACAAAACUUCCAAAGAGGAAACAAGGGUGAUACCAAAGCCAACGAAAAGGAAAGAGGAAAGGAUGUUCGUUACUCAAAUAUUGAAGCUGCAAAGGCAUUGGCCGACUCCGUCAGAACUUCUUUAGGUCCAAAGGGUAUGGAUAAGAUGAUUGUUCUUCCAAAAGAUGAAGUUAUCAUCACCAAUGACGGUGCUACAAUCUUGGACAAAAUGAAGCCAACACAUCCAGCAGCUAAAAUGUUGGUAUCCUUGUCAAAGUCUCAAGAUAUUGAAGCUGGUGAUGGUACAACAACUGUUGUAGUAAUUGCCGGAGCUUUACUUUCUGCUUGCCAAAAUCUUCUAGACAGAGGUAUUCACCCUACCACAAUUUCUGAUGCUUUUAAACUCUGUGUGGAUAAAGCAGAACAAGUUCUUGACAACAUGUCUGUCAAAGUCGAUUUAACAGACCGUGAAAACAUGAUUAAAUCAGCCAAGACAUCACUGAGUUCAAAGGUUGUUUAUCAAUAUGCCGACGUGUUAGCUCCUUUGGCUGUUGACUCUGUCCUCCGUGUUGUUGAAUCAAAGGACGCCUCUAAUGUUGAUUUGAACGACAUCAAAAUUGUUAAAAAGUUGGGAGGAAUUCUUGAGGACACUGAAUUGGUUGAUGGAUUGGUUUUGGAUCAAGGAACUAAAAAAACAGCUGGUGGCCCAACUAGUGUUAAAGAUGCAAAGAUUGGUUUGAUACAGUUCCAAUUGUCUCCACCAAAGACUGACAUGGAAAACAGUGUAGUAAUUAACGAUUAUACACAAAUUGAUCGUAUUCUUCGAGAGGAGAGAGCUUAUUUACUUAACCUUUGUAAACAAAUUAAGAAGGAGGGAUGUAAUGUUUUAUUGAUUCAAAAGUCGAUUUUGAGAGAUGCAACUACUGACAUGUCAUUGCACUUUUUAGCAAAGAUGGGAAUCAUGGUUGUCCAAGAUAUUGACAGAAAAGAUAUUGAAUUUAUUUCCAAGACUUUGAACUGCAAACCAAUUGCUUCUAUUGAUUCUUUCAAGAAGGAAAAACUCGGCUCAGCUGGCUUAGUCGAAGAAGUCAACACUGGUGACGGUAGAAUUGUAAAAAUUACCGGUAUUCCUUCUCAAGGAAAGACUGUUACCUGUCUUGUUAGAGCUUCAGGAAAAUUGAUGCUUGAUGAGGCUGAACGAUCUCUUCACGAUGCAUUGUGUGUUGUUAGAAGUUUGGUGAAGAAGAAGAGUAUAAUUGCUGGUGGUGGUGCACCUGAAACUCAAAUUGCUAUCGAACUUAUGGAAUACGCAAAAACACUCAAAGGUGCUAUUCAAUACUGUGUUCGUGAAUAUGCCGAAUCGUUAGAGAUUGUACCAACUACGCUCGCAGAAAAUGCUGGCUUGUCACCAAUUAAGAUUGUCACAGAACUCAAGAAUAAGCAUUUGAACGGAGACAAGAGUGCAGGUAUUAACGUGAAGAAGGGCACAAUUACUGAUAUGGUCGAAGAAAAUGUGGUGCAGCCUACCCUUACAACACUCAGUGCUAUUACUUUGGCUACUGAAACAGUGAGAAUGCUUCUCAAGAUUGAUGAUGUUGUUCAAAACUAA